UGAGGUCAUGGUGCAUCUGCGCUGUGGUGGACUUCGCAGUGAUCGGCGAGGGCCGCGAACGACCACAGGCACGCGAUCAUGAGAUCCACGUUCCCUGUUCUCUGACGCCACACGCGCCACACGCCUGUGCUCUACAACUUCCAGCGAUGGAUGCAUGCGCAUCUGGGUAUGUGAUUUGCCACACAGAGCGGUGUGCACAGCGAGAUGGGGCGAUGUGGCACAGAAAUACCCUACGUUAUAAGUUCUUCAGCUGCUCCCAUCAUGCAUUUUGCUGCGGCCAGCGACACGCUCUCGCUCCGCGGCCAUUUGUAGUUGCGAGCUGUUGCUGCGCAACGCUCGUUGCCGUGAGACCUGGACCGCAUGCAGAAACCCGCAUUGCUCGUGUUCGGCUCAUCGUUCCGCUUUUCUCGCACUGCACGGCAAGUCGGGACGCUCGAAGCUGAAGGGUGCAUAGGCAGCUCGUGGGAACCGCCCGCUUGGAAGCAUCGGACCCACAUACUGCGCACCAAACCGCUCAUGGGUAGUGAGCCUGUUCUCGUCAAGUCCCCAAAUCAUGAGCUCAGACGAGCCCAAUUAUA